CAUUCUCACAGUUUUCCAACAGUCGUUUCAAUGGCUUCUACUCUGGCUAUACUACUCAUUUCGGCCCUAGUCUUGGUCCAGGGCAGGAAUACUCCUGGAUCAGACGAGGAUUACUCGGCCUUGCAAGAAACUUCUAACUGGAGUAGAACACCUGCAACUAAUUGGCCCUGGGAAGUGGCUCGUUUCCCCGCGGCAUAUAUUCUAAUGCACAAGGUGAAUAAGCGAUUGGAACGAAUUGAUAACGAGGACAUCAAGAAAAGGAUACAGGACUAUGCCGUGGAUCAGCUGAGGCAGUGCAUCUUGGGUGAAGAAAUGGACGAGCAUUGUGUUAAGCGAUCGAUUGGUUAUACAAUGUCAUUCAUUAACCACCAAAAGAGGCAGGAAAAUAUGUUGCAACGUUAUAGGUUGUAAGCCUACCUUCUGUUUUUGAAAAUAUUCUUUGAAAGAUAAGGUAAAAGUUUAAUAAAUGCAAUAAAACUUCA